AUGCAAAAUAAAAAUACUUUUUCUUGGGUAAAGGAAGAGAUGACUCGAUCCAUUUCUGUAUCGAUCAUGAUAUAUGUAAUAACUCGGGCAUCUAUUUCAAAUGCAUAUCCCAUUUUUGCGCAGCAGGGUUAUGAAAACCCGCGAGAAGCAACGGGACGAAUUGUAUGUGCCAAUUGCCAUUUAGCUAAUAAACCCGUGGAUAUUGAAGUUCCGCAAGCUGUGCUUCCUGAUACUGUAUUUGAAGCAGUUGUUCGAAUCCCUUAUGAUAAGCAACUGAAACAAGUUCUUGCUAAUGGUAAAAAGGGGACUUUGAAUGUGGGGGCUGUUCUCAUUUUACCCGACGGAUUCGAAUUAGCCCCCCUUGAUCGUAUUUCUCCUGAGUUGAAAGAAAAGAUAGGAAAUCUGUCUUUUCAGAGUUAUCGUCCCAACAAAAGAAAUAUUAUUGUGAUAGGUCCUGUUCCCGGUCAGAAAUAUAGUGAAAUCGUCUUUCCCAUUCUUUCCCCCGACCCUGCUACGAAGAAAGACGUUCACUUCUUAAAAUAUCCCAUAUACGUAGGUGGGAACAGAGGAAGGGGUCAGAUUUAUCCUGAUGGUAGCAAAAGUAACAAUACAGUCUAUAAUGCUACAUCAGCAGGUAUAGUAAGCAGAAUAGUACGUAAAGAAAAAGGGGGAUAUGAAAUAACCAUAGUUGAUGCAUCGGAUGGACAUCAAGUGGUUGAUAUUAUACCUCCAGGACCAGAACUUCUUGUUUCAGAGGGUGAAUCCAUCAAGCUUGAUCAACCAUUAACAAGCAAUCCCAAUGUGGGAGGCUUUGGUCAGGGAGAUGCAGAAAUAGUGCUUCAAGACCCAUUACGGGUCCAAGGUCUUUUGUUCUUCUUGGCAUCUGUUAUUUUGGCACAAGUUUUUUUGGUUCUUAAAAAGAAACAGUUUGAAAAGGUUCAAUUGUACGAAAUGAAUUUCUAGGUGCAGAGAUUCCUUAACAUCAAGUUGGUAAAAAGCGCCGAAUUUUUUUUGAUCCAUACAAUUAUGUAUGAUCAAAAAAUCUGUAAACCUUUUUGGUUGCUUUGUUUAUACUUUUUUUUCGUUUUGCGGGAUGUCUGGAAUUCAUUACUUGUAUCCUAUUCUUAGUAAUAGACAAUAGACAUACAAAGAAAGAGAAUACAGAGCAAGGAUGGGAAAAAUGAAAGAAAGAAAUCCUUUUAGGAGGGAUUACUAGUCUUACGAGUCUUCUAUUCGACACAAGAAAAGGGCGGAAAAUCCUUUUUCUUGUGUCGUCUUAUAUCGAAAUAAUAAUGAUUUUUUCUCCUGUUCGUCAAAGAUUACCAUUCCUUCUUUUCCGGGUCCACCAGAACUCUUUUGGUUAGAUUCAUAGGAAGUUGUGGACAAACAAAAAGAGAGAAAGGAUUAGGGGAAUAAUUGAUUGAGCAAAUAGAACUUCUUCAAUUAACUUAAACUUUUAACUUAGAGAAAUUAUUCAAGAGAAAUUAUUCAAACAAAUUAUAUUAUAGAGUUUUAUAGAGUAAGUUCUAUAGAGUAAGUUCUAUUAGUAGUUUAGUAUAGAAAUUAUUUGCAGGAUGUCUCAUGCGUAGAAAUCUAUAUAAUAUUGUAUUAUUCAGAAAAUCCAUUGAUUACUCUUUUCUUGUUUCUUCAUAAGAGUUAAUAUUAUGGAGGAAAGGAAGAACAGAGACUAUGAAUCAAUCAAUAGAUUCAAUUCUUCAAAAACAUUAUUAAGAAACAAAAGAAUAGAGUGGUUUGAAACAUCAGAGCAAAGGAUCCGUUUUGUCAUUUCAUUUCUACGAAUAUAAUAUUUUGAUUAUGUUGACUGGCCAAUUUGUAUGUUAUGGAAUAGAUCAUAAUCUUCCUAUAAGAGUAAGAAAAGAACUCAACGGGACCUUAUCGCUCUAAUUAGACAAAGGAGGGUAAGGUCCCGUUGAGUUCUUUUCUUACUCUUUCAUGUCUACAAUCCGGUUUAUCCGAUUACUAGAGAGAUGAACCCAACCCAGAAUAUGAACCGUAAAAGAAAACACCUAUUAAACCGAUCACAGGAAUACCAGUUACAGUACCAACCAGCCAAAGAGGAAUCCUUCCAGUAGUAUCGGCCAUUUCCCCUACUUUCCUCCACAUUUUCUCAAAUGGUCGUGCUAGAGACAAAAACAGUCAUGGAUAAUUAUGAGGAUGGUAUCUUUCCGAAUGGGAUAAGAGAAUUCCUACUAUUCUCUUUCUUUCUUUCAAUUGAAGAAAUAAUUGGAAAAUAAAACAGCAAGUACAAAAAUGAGUAAUAAACCCCAGUAUAGACUGGUACGAUUCAAUUCAACAUUUUGUUCAUUCGGGUUUGAUUGUGUCAUAGCUCUAUAAUUCAAAUUAGGUUUAUCGUUGGAUGAACUGCAUUGCUGAUAUUGACCCCAAAAAAGAAACGGUAGGUACAGCUAGUCCGUGAACAGCCAACCAUCGCACUGUAAAAAUUGGAUAGGUUCGAUCUAUGGUCAUUGGGGGCCUCCUAAAAGGAUUUACUAAAUUCAUCAAGUUGUUCCAAAGAAUCAAAACGGCCGGUUAUCAAUGGAAUACCUUGUCGGCUCUCUGUGAAAUACUCGUUUGGCCGAGGACUUCCAAACACGUCGUAAGCUAAACCCGUACUGACGAAUAACCAACCCGCAAUGAAUAGGGAAGGUAUAGUAAUGCUAUGAAUGACCCAGUAUCGAAUACUGGUAAUAAUAUCAGCAAAAGAACGUUCUCCCGUGCUUCCAGACAUUCUGAGCUCCACAAAUUUUUGUACAUUCAAAAAAGGGAAUCGAUUCCUUGAAAGAUGGGAUCAGUAAAUGGAAAACUACUGAUAUUGCAUCUUUGUGAGAUCGUCAAUUUUGUACCAAAGGUUUAUUUCAAGUAUACCGAAUCAGUAUAGCUAUCCUUCCUCUGGCACAGCAACGCAGUCUCGAUCGGUACCGAAAUGCUACAUAAUUCUUUUCUUCUUUUUUUGUUCCUUGUCUAUGCAUAACUCUAUGUUAUUCAAUAGAUCAAUAGAAAAUUACUCAAAUUCCUUAUAAGAUUUCCAUUAUUGGAUUCAUAAUAGAAAGUAAAGAUCUUGGAAAAGCGUGAAUCGAUGGUUUCUAAUAAUUUAUGAAGCAUAUUAUAAUAUUCACACAAUUCAAUUAUAUGUAUGCGAAAUCUAUAAUAAACCCAUUUUUUGGUUAAAAGUUUUUUUGUUCAAAUCUUUUUAUUUCAAGUAAUUGGUUGGUCGUAUAAUACAAUAAAUAUACUGUAAUACAAAAUACAAUAGUAUAUACUAUAUUAGUGAAAGAAACAGAACAUGAAAGAAACAGAACCCAGUUGGAACAAUCCAUAUUCGUGAUGCAACCGUUAUUGUAUUAGAUCCAAAACAAAGGUUCUUUCUUGACCAAACUAGAAGUAUGGAACUCCAUGAUAUGGAAAGACAGAAUAUAGAAUCUAAAAGGAUAAUGGAAGUUGUUCGUCUUUGAAUCGAGUUGGACCUGAAAAAAAAGAAUAAAAAUAUAAAAAUGAAAAAUAGAGUAAAGGUUUUAUUUUUUUCGAUAGAUCGUGGGACACCUUUUUCUUUUCAUUCGAAAUAUUAUGUUAUGGGCAAUUAAGCAACCUAUUACUGUACUGAGUCCAAUGAGUUAAAAUAAAUAAAAGGUAAAUAGUAUCAGGCCGUUCGUUCCAAAAAGGAUUAGAUCCUAUUGAAAUAGAAAGGAAAUGAUUAAAAUGGAAUUUUCAAAUCCAAUUCUUUUAUUCCAAAAUUACUUAAAUUACUUAUAUUUUAUUUAAUAUUUUAUUUAAUAUUUAAGUAUAAGUCCAUAAGUAAUUUAAGUUUUGAAUGAAGUUACACGGCACAGUUCUUAAUUACUAUUACUUUUACUUAUACUUUAUAUUUUACUUACUUUUACUAUUACUUUAUUCAACUCACAAAUACUUUAUUCAACUCACAAAUUCCACAAUGAAUCUGUUGAUUCCGAAUCAUAGGAUCGGUCAAUGUCACAGCAGAUGAAUCGAAUUUUUCUACCUAUGUCACUCUUAGUUAGUCUUAUCUAUAAUGACUGAUGAAUCCAGAAUUUUCAAUUGGAACUAAACUAAUUCUGUCAAUUGAUUUUUUCUUGCCGUCGUAUUUUGUAAAAAUUGAAACUUAGGUAAGUGUUUUAUCAACAUAUGUAGCAAAAGAACAUAUCUAAUUUAGCUCUUUCAUGCUUACUAUAACUAGUUAUUUCGGUUUUCUACUGGCUGCUUUAACUAUAACCUCAGCUCUAUUCAUUGGUUUGAACAAGAUACGACUUAUUUGAAAUGAAUUGAAUGAAAAAUUGAUAAAAACGAAUAUUUCUCUGAGAUUCCGGGUAUUCUAUGGUUCUUUCUCACAUCAAUUGCCAAUUCUUGGUCAUUGAGAUUCACGGAUAAUUCAGAUUAAUAUUUAGGGAUAGAUCUUACCUUUCUUUUUAUCCCCUUAAACAAACCGAAAUGAUUGAAGUUUUUCUAUUUGGAAUCGUCUUAGGUCUAAUUCCUAUUACUUUAGCAGGAUUAUUCGUAACCGCAUAUUUACAAUAUAGACGUGGUGAUCAGUUGGACCUUUGAUUGAGUAAUAUUUCUUUCUUUUUUUGAUUGACCUCCUGCAGGAAGGAGGUCAAAUUCAAGUUACAAUUCAACUUUUUGUUUUGUUAAAUUAUUAAUUAUUUUAUUGUGAUUCGACAUCAAAUAAACCGAAUCACGCUCUGUAGGAUUUGAACCUACGACAUCGGGUUUUGGAGACCCGCGUUCUACCGAACUGAACUAAGAGCGCUUUCUUAUCCUUAUGACAGGAGAUACGACUGUACUGUAAAGAAAAGUAAUUUUUCUACCCCCAAUACGUCUUGCAUACAUAUAGUAUGCAAGACCGGAAGAUUAUGUCCAAUUUUAAUCGAUCUCAAUGAAUCCCUCGUUACUGCCCAUGGGAGAAGUAAUAGGUAGGGAUGACAGGAUUUGAACCCGUGACAUUUUGUACCCAAAACAAACGCGCUACCAAGCUGCGCUACAUCCCUUUUCAAAAUUGUUGUACAGUUUCAUUGUACAAAAUCCCUGUCUUGUUUUCCAUAUCGUCAUUUUCUCCUCCAUCUAUAUACAAUUUUCUUGUCAUUUCUUCUUUUUGGUUUCAUAUAAUAAAAGAAUUAUAUACAUCUGAAACCUAACGUAUAAAAAAGUUAAUAUUUAUCAGUAAUGCUCAGGAACAAGGGAUUAGAUUUUUUUUCUUUUACAAAAAAAGAAAAAAAUCUAUUGCUUCAUUGUACAUAUCUAUUUUAGUUAGGAAUCCUGUUUAGUUAGGAAUUCCGUGUAAAAAAAUACAAAUGAUCUUGAACUACAGCAUCUGACCAUAUAUGUAUUACAAUCCAUAAUAGAAGGAGGAUUUUCAAUGCGAGAUAUAAAAACAUAUCUCUCCGUGGCACCUGUGCUAAGUACUCUAUGGUUUGGGUCUUUAGCAGGCCUAUUGAUAGAAAUUAAUCGGUUAUUUCCGGAUGCCUUGUCAUUCCCCUUUUUUUAAUUCUAGUUAUUGAUUGAUAUGCGAAGAAAUGAAGAAAAUUAGAGAUACAAUUCCACGUGACUAAAAUUUCGAAUUUCGCCCCUAUUUUUUCAGUUCUUUAGGAUAGGAAGGAAAAGAAAAAAGUGUAUUGAACCUCAGCAAAAAUGUGGUAGAUCGAAGAUCGAAUUUUGGAGAACAGAAAUGAAAAUGUGGAUCCAGUCUACGGCGAGUUCCACGAAAUCAUAGCAUAGAAAGAAGAUAUUUAACUUAAAUAAUAAAUAAAAUAAAUAUUAAUAAAAUAUUGAGAUUUAGGAUAGGAACAAUUGAGAGUUAGAAAGAAAUUGUAUUAUUUAAUUAUUACUCCAUUAAAUUAUUACUUUAUUAUUCUAGUAAAAUUGUUACUCCAUUAAUAUAAUAUUAAUUAUCAUUAUAUAAUGAAAUGAUAAUUGCAACGAAAUACUUAGAAAUUCCAUUUCUAGUUAGUAACUUCUAUCGAUUUUUUUUGUUCUUUUCUUCUUCUUCAGCUCGGAUCGAAAAUAGAAGAGUUAAGCCGAUCCAAAAUUCAAAGGAGGUUCAUGGCCAAGGGUAAAGAUGUCAGAGUCAUAGUUAUUUUGGAAUGUACCAGUUGUGCCCGAAAUGAUGUCAAUAAAGAAUCGCCAGGUAUUUCUAGAUAUAUUACUCAAAAGAAUCGACACAAUACGCCUGGUCGAUUAGAAUUGAGAAAAUUUUGUCGCUAUUGUAACAAGCAUACGAUUCAUGGAGAAAUAAAGAAAUAGAUCGAACAGAACGCGUGUGCGCUCUCGCCAAGGAAGAGGAAGAACUUAACAUAUAUUUAGAAGAACUUAACAUAUAUUUAACAUACUUAACAUAUAUUUAACAUAUAUAAUAUACAUAAUGUAUAAUAUACAUAAUGUAUAAGAUAUAUAAUAUACAUAAUGUAUACAAAUCAAAGCCUAUUUUGGUCGGAUCUGAACUGAAGUGAAUAAAGAAAUAGAAUUUUAGAAAUAAGGAAUAAACCAUGGAUAAAUCCAAGCAAUCUUUUCGUAAAUCCAAGCGAUCUUUUCGUAGGCGUUUGCCCCCAAUUGGAUCGGGGGAUCGAAUCGAUUAUAGAAACAUGAGUUUAAUUAGUCGAUUUAUUAGUGAACAAGGAAAAAUAUUAUCUAGGCGGUGUGAAUAGAUUGACUUUGAAACAACAACGAUUAAUUACUAUUGCUAUAAAGCAAGCCCGUAUUUUAUCUUUGUUACCUUUUCUUAAUAAUGAGAAACAAUUUGAGAGAGCCGAGUCGAUCCCCAGAACUACUGGUCCUAGAACCAAAAAUAAAUAGACAUACUCUUCAAUUGACUCAAAACUCCAAUUGUAACUCAAGCUCAGAUUGAUGUUUUGUUCGAAAAGGCCUAGAAUCUAGAGCGGGUUCCUGUGUUAUAAGAAACAAAAAAUGGAGAAAAUUUUUUUUAUUGAAACAUAUUCGUUCAUUCCUAUUACUAUCUUAAUUUCUUUUUAUUCUAUUUUCCCGGAGUUCCUUCUCCGGGGAAUUCUGUUUCAAUCAUUCCUGUACUGUAUAUUACUUUAGAAUCUACUUUAUUUGAUGAUCUUGUUGGAAAUCAUGUAAAGACAAUUCUUAUUUGAUAUAGCUAUUUGUGCAGGUAUUUUACGAUUAAGAAGCAAUUGCUUCUUGUACAGAUUGUGUAUUAAUCUACUAUAACUAUACAAUACCUUAUUAUCACGAGUUACUGCAUUUAUCCGAGUGAUCCACAAACGACGAAAAUCCCUCUUUUGCCUGCCUCUAUCUCGAUGAGAGGAAGCCAAAGCUCUCAUUUUCUGUUGAGUAAUCGUUCGAGUAAGUCUUGAAUGAGCUCCUCUAGAGGUUGAUGCAAAUAAACGAAUUUUUGUUCGACGUCUCCGAGCUGUAUAUCCCCGUCUAACUCUGGUCAUUGAAUCAAAUUAAACCUUAAUGAAUAACUAAUUGAUUUCGAUUCUUUCAGUCAUCCUUUUCCCCUCUCACGGUCGAUUAAUAACAAAACGGAUUAUUCCGAUAUAUAAAAUAUAAAUUCCAAUGGCUUUUGCUACUAUAACCUUCCUGACCACAAUUUUUUAUUCCGUCCAGGCAUUUCACCUGCAAAUAAGAAAUUAUAAUGAUACUCAAAAAAAAUAGUGGGUUCCAUCGUUUCUAUGGUUACUUCUUAAACGGUGAGGUCCUCUCUAUACACCGGAGCCUCUUCUUUCAUUUAACCAAAUGGUAUUGUGAACUUGUAUAGUUCACACUCUUUGGCUCUACCCAUCAAUUAUAGAGUAAUAACUCUUUUCACACUAAGAGUUAUCUAUACAGUGACGGCAUUUAAUUAGGAAAGUUGGCUAGGUAGCUGACCCUCUUAGUCCGCUCUUUUAACAAUAGGCGCAUAAUCUUUUUGCUUCUUAUAAUACUAUUUCCUCCGCUUAAUGGAUAACUAUUUGCUACCAAUGGGGAAUUGCUUUUCAUCUCAAAUCUAGGUGAUUGGAUUUGCACCAAUGGAAACCAUAAAUUCCAUACACAAUAUAGGUAUAUGAUAGAUCUUUUCCAUUUACCCUAUUCAUUGGUACCGGUCAUUGACACUGGAAAAAUUGUCUCAUUUGUUCGAACUCAUGAUCUGAACGAGUCGCACAUACACCCUAGUACAUGUUCCUCGACGCUGAGGACAUCCUCUAAGAGCGGGAGAUUUCGUAACAUUUCUUAUCGGCUGUCUUGCGUUUCUAAUAAGUUGUUUAAUAGUUGGCAUGUCGUAUAUAUAUAUAUGUAUAUAUAGAAUUAGAAUGGAAUGGGUUGGUUUAGAUCGAUCUUAACCUGAUGAUUGGAUUGAUGAUUAUGAAUUUUUUCUAUUCAAUACCAAAUCACAGAAAAUUCGAAUUAUGGUUUGAAAUGGAUUUACACGAAAUCCCCGGUAUUUUCAUUUUCGACCGCUACGAGAUCAACAAUGCCAUGAGCUUGGGCUUCUGUUGCUGACAUAAAAACAUCCCUUUCCAUGUCUUCGGAUACAACCCAUAAAGGCUUGCCCGUUCUUUGUACAUAAACCUUUGUGAGGGUUUCACGAAGUUUCAGUAGUUCUUCCAUUUCCAGGACAAAUUCCCCUGUUCGUGAUUCAUAAAAAGAACUAGCAGGUUGAUGAAUCAUGACCCUAAAUAUAUUGAUAUUGAUAUAACAUCAUGAACGGUUCCUCUAUCUCGUAUGAUUGGGCUAAUGUAAGGGAUAAAAAAAAAAUAACAAGAAGAAAUUGAACAACCGUACAGGCAUCUUCUGUGCGUUGCAUACGGCUCCGCAAUGGAAUUUACUUUUUUCUUCUCUUCUAUUCUAUCUAAGAAAGAAAGAGAAUCCAUCUGAUUCAGAUCGUUGAAUGAUCCAUUUACCACCCUUCCUUUCGUAGGAGUCAAAAAUACUAUGAUGGUUCUGUUGCUUUAUAUAUUUAUCUCGUCUGUGAUUUAGCAAUCCCAAAGUGCCUUUCUGAUACGAUCAAAUAAGGAAAACUGAUCUUUUUUUUUUUCAUUUUCGUACUCUUCCAUAACAUAAAUAUCAGAAAGAAACUUCUGGUGUGGAAGAAAAAUGGUUUGUGACGCUGAAAUGUACCCCCGACACAUAAAAUCAACAAAUCGGAAAUAACCUUUGUUUCAUACUACUAUCUCGAUACAAAAUCUCAUGUUAUGAAAAAACAAUAAUGGUUUGUUCAUAUCGAACUCGAAGUGCCAUGCUAUUAUUACUUAUUAUUCAUAUUCAAUAUGGCGAAGGCAUAGUCUUUCUUUUUUUUUUCAAAUAAAAACUCAUUGGCGCCAAGCGUGAGGGAAUGCUAGACGUUUGGUAAUUUCUCCUCCGAUCAGAAUGAAAGAUCCCAUAGAAGCGGCUAACCCCAUGCAUAUUGUAUGCACAUCGGGUGGCACAAAUUGCAUAGUAUCAUAAAUAGCUAUUCCUGAUACUACCCAUCCGCCGGGAGAGUUUAUAAACAAAAAAAGAUCCCUAGUAUUAUCUUCUAUACUGAGAUAUACCAUGAGACCAACAAUUUGAUUUGAGAUCUCGCUAUUAACCUCUUGACCUAAAAAAAGUAAUCUUUCUCGAUGAAGUCGGUUGAUUAGGACAAAAUUGGUUCCUUUAGGAACUGUACGUGCACCUUUGGAUGCAUACGGUUCAAAAAAAUUGCGAAAAAAGAAUCAAUGUGUCGAUUCCAGUUCUAUUUUUUUUUUUUUUUUUUCUGUAAUAGGUUUUUGUUUUUCUAAUAAAGCUUCCAUUUUUAAAAAGACAUGAGAUGAGUUUUGGCUUCCUUACCUAUAAAAAAAGAA